AUGGAUGCAGCUUUCAUUCUGGCUCAAUUUUUCGGAAGCGGUACAUUUUGGAAAGGGAUUGAACGAGGGUGCUCACCCCUCACUCCUUCCAACUAUCCCAGCCACAUUGCGCCCUUCUCUUCCUUCCAAAAAACUUCUCCACUCUCCUAUCUCUCUUUGAUUCACGCACCAGAGGCAGAAACCCUCUCGCUCGCUUCCUUCCUUCCAAAAAAUCCUCUUCUUCCCUUCUCUCUCUCGUUCACCCUUUCUUCCAAAAAAUCCUUUUCUUCCUUUUUCCCUCGCAUCUCCUUUUUAUCCACGCACGAGGGAGAAACUCUCUCUUUCUUGCUCACCCUUUCUUCCAAAAAAUCCUCUUCCCUUUUUUUUUUGUCACGUCUCUUUUUCACUCACGCACAAACCCUUUCUCUCUCUCUCUCCCCUCACCAUCCUUUCUUCCAAACUAUCCCAGCCACGUUGCACCGUUCUCCUCCCUCCCACGACCCCUUUUUUCCCUUCGUACACUCGCGCCUCUCUCUCUCUCUCUCCAUUCAAGUCCCUUUCUCUCUCCCUCUCUCUUUCUCUCUCCCUUUCUGGUGGAAAGGGCGGUGGAGGGGGUGGAGAGCGAGCGCAGCUGGGGGGUUGGAACGGUUGGAUCCGCUCAGUAGGUAUCGCGACGCGCUGCCGGCCGUAGCGCGCACUCUCCUGGCCCUCGAACUGGGUCACAAGCCCUCCGGACGAGGCACCGAGCGGAGCACACCGGGGCCAGUUGCGCGCCACGCAACACACGCGACACGCUCCCUCGUUACUUCCCCUCCCCCCCUUUUUUUUAUUCAUUACUAUUAUCAUUAUCGUCGCACAGAGAGACGGGGAGACGCGUUCGUUUCUCCUCUUCUAUAUGGGAAGUAUAUAUAUAUAUAUAUAUAUGUACGUGUUUUAUCCUCGUGUUUGUGUUCUCUCGGUUCGUAUAGUGAUAUAUGUAUUGGAAACGAGAGGGAUUAAAGGGUGGCAAGAUCGAUAAAUGGUCGAGAGAUUCAUGAAAAUACCCUUGUUUCGAAGUUCGCCACGAUGUGUGAUCAUCUGUUUUUAUCUUGGUGAUGAUUACGUUAAAUUCAGUGGGGGAAAAAGGUCGAAAGGGUGAAAAAUAAAAAAAAUAAAAAAGAAAAAAAAAAGAAAGAAAA